AUGCAUCCACUACAGGUGGAAAAACUCGCUGUUUUUCGAGCUCUUCUUGCAGAUACCUUGCGGAUGGUAAUUUGCCUUUCGCAGUGGUGUUGUACCGCUCCAUACCCACUGGAACCAUAUCAAAGCAUCAGCUCAAAAAAUCGACCUAACCGCUUCCGAAUCGUGCAACCCCUUAGACGAGUGUUUUCUGCCUUACUUUUCAGUGUUGUGCUUGCCGUACCCUUUCUACUGUACUAUCGCUACAGUGGGAAUGUGCACGUCUUCAAGAUUCCACUGUCUGUCAAGCUAAUGUUCUAUCUGCAAGCAUUGCUCCAAACCGGAUCCUUGGGCUACGUGCUGUUGGUGUACCAGUUUCGAACCGAUUUCCAUGACUUUUACUUCGAUCAUCUGGUGUCGGUGCUCGUGAACUUUGGUCACCCGGAGGUUGAUAAACGUUUGCACACUGUGCAAACGAACAUACUUCGGGUGCUGUUUGUCAUCAUAGUGCUGGUUAUACUCGUCCUUUCUGCACAGCUAAUACGUAACAAUUCCUGGGCUAAUCUGCUCAAGGUGGUGAUCUUCAUCAUAACAAAACUGAUGGCCACAAGUGUAGCGAUGCAAUAUGUCACACUGUUCGGUAUCGUGUCUGUGUUACUUGGCUCAAUGAAUGAUACGUUGGAGACAAUGCAUAAUGGCGUAGGGUACAGUGAUGCUAGUGAUCCUGGUUCCCGUUCACAUUACGCACUUGCACCAGUACGCUUAACACGCGAUGACGAGGACACAAUUGAAAAGAUUCGUUUGUUGCAGCUGCACCUGUUACAGAUUGUUUUGCGCACAAACGGUGGAGAGUAUGGUAGGUUGCUGAUCGUGAUCUUGCUGACAACGUUUAUCUUUCUCAACACCGAACUACUGCAGCUUUAUCAAGGGGUAAAGGCAGGCGUAUUCACGUUCGAUGUAUUGGGUGCAAAGUUAACAAAUUCUGCACUUCAAUUUGCCAUGCUGGUGAUGCAUGCCUUCUCAAAUCGGUUAAUUCAGCAACAGAAUCUUCGUGGUUUGAAAUUGAUCCUUCAACUGCAUAGUUCUGCAAAUAGCUUGCGAUGUCAUGAAAUUACGAAUCGUUUCAUAACGCAAACAACACUCUUUCUGGACAAGGCACACGAAGCGUACGGCAUGAUAUCCGUCGAUAUGACGCUGAUCAUGAGCGUUGUUGGAGGAUUGACCAGUAUUCUGGUCGUGCUGGUACAGUUUUCUGAUGCAAAAUCAUCGUGUAACUAA